AUUCAUCGCCAUUUCUGUCAACACUCCCUUCAAUUCCCUUUCUGUGAGGAAGCUGGCAGGGUGCAGUGCGUGUUGUUAGAGGCGUCUCUCUUUCGUACGAAUAGUUGAAAGCAAAUUGGUAUACGCAAAAUGGCCACGUCAAAAACUACUAAUACGUAUAACAGACAAAAUUGGGAGGACGCGGAGUUCCCGAUACUAUGCCAAACGUGCUUAGGCGACAAUCCAUACAUUCGCAUGACAAAGGAAAAAUAUGGGAAAGAGUGCAAGAUCUGCAUGCGGCCGUUCACGGUAUUUAGAUGGUGUCCAGGAGCAAGAAUGCGAUUUAAGAAGACCGAAGUUUGCCAGACGUGCAGUCGUCUGAAGAACGUCUGUCAGACGUGUCUGUUAGAUCUGGAAUACGGGCUGCCCAUUCAGGUUCGUGAUGCUGCCCUAAAGAUCAAGGACGACCUGCCACGUUCGGAUGUGAACAAGGAGUACUACGUGCAAAACAUAGACAAUGAGAUCGGCAAGAUUGAUCCGACAACACCAGCUGGUGCUGUUGGCAAGUCCGCUGCAGCCAGUGAUCUGCUCAUGAAACUGGCGAGGACGAGCCCUUACUAUAAAAGGAACAGACCACACAUAUGUUCAUUUUGGGUAAAGGGCGAGUGCAAGAGAGGCGAGGAGUGCCCGUAUCGGCACGAGAAACCGACAGAUCCCGACGAUCCGCUGGCCGAUCAGAACAUAAAGGAUCGUUAUUAUGGCGUGAACGAUCCAGUGGCAGAUAAAUUGAUGCGACGGGCAGCAGCCAUGCCGAAACUCGAUCCACCCGAGGACAAAUCCAUUACAACAUUGUACAUUGGUAAUCUGGGCGACGUGUUGACGGAGAAACAGCUGCGUGACCAUUUCUACCAGUACGGCGAGAUUCGUUCGGUCACCAUGGUACCGCGUCAGCAGUGUGCCUUUAUUCAGUAUACACAAAGGAGCGCCGCUGAAGCAGCAGCGGAGAGAACCUUCAACAAGUUGAUACUAGGUGGAAGACGGCUCACUAUAAAGUGGGGUCGUUCUCAGGGCAGGCAGACCAUAUCUGCGGCAGAAGCGACGAGAGAGAUCCUCGAGCCCGUCCCAGGACUGCCUGGAGCGUUACCACCGCCGCCGGAGAGUAUGGGCAACAAUUUCUUCAAUCUUCAGACUUCCCCUGGCAUGAUGCCACCAAUGAUGAUACCGCCACCGCCUGUCGCACCUCAGUUUAUGUUCCCGCCACAAAUAGCGACUACCGCCACAGCUGCGGCACCGAUUUUCCCACCAGGAACGACUCCCAUACACUAUCCGAGCCAAGAUCCGUCCAGGAUGGGCGCGUCCCAGGGCAUCGGCAAGCCUUGGCCAGAAGAGUAAAUGAGAAUUAACUGAAUUUUUAAUAAUAACAUAUAUAUAUAUAUAUCACAAAUUUAAUAUUUGUAUAUAAGAAAAGGACAAAAAUAUAUCUUUGGCAUUCUUGGAAACAAUAAGUCAUAUUGCACGCUUCUUCUGUGAUAUGACUUUUUCUUUUGCAAUAUCGCAGACUUUUUAUACAUAGUACUACGUAGUUAAUUUAAUAGAUUAUGGGUACUCUAUAUAUAAUAUGCCUCUACUGAUACUAUGAGAUGUUAAAAUGUUUGUAUAACAUUAUAUGAAAGAAUACGCUACUUUUUACAUUAAGAUGUAUCUCUAUAGGCAUGUAAACGUUAAAUUAAAUUCAUAUCAAAAGUAAAA